ACAGUAUAAAGUUAGCAUUGAGGUUGCAAUUUUCAACUUUAGUUGGCCAUCUCACUUUGAAAGUUCCAAUUUCAAAAGUUGCUCUAUUUGUAAUUCUAAUUUUUAAUUUAAAUUAUCACUAAAGUUAUAAUGAAAUCGAUUUUAGUAUUAUUCGUGGUGAUCGUACUCAAUUGCAAUGCAUCAUCGGAUGUAGAAAAAGCAUUCGAAGAAAAUGAAAUUAUUCCAGGCAGUUUACCUUUGAAGGUGUCUCCGAAAAAGUUUUUGAAUGUGGUUUAUCCAAGUGGCGCUACUGUUCGCUUAGGCAAUGACUUGGCACCAGAUGAUGUAGGAAGUGUGCCAAAAGUUACAUGGAAUGCCGAAGAGGGUGCUAAAUAUACACUGCUCUUUAUAGACUUAGAUGCACCUUCACGGAAAUAUCCAUGUAUAGGCGCAUUUCGACAUUGGUUAGUGGUGAAUAUUCCAGGGAAUGAUGUCCAAAAAGGAGAAGAGGUGGUGACCUACCGUGGUUCAGCGCCAACGAUGAGCAGCGGUUAUCACCGUUAUGUCUUUUUGGUUUUCAAACAAUGCAACGGAACCAUCGAAUACAACGAAACAUUCGAUUCGAACGCGUUUGAAUACAGAGCAAAGACUUCAACACCCGAAUUAGUAAACAAAUACCGUUUGGGCGAUCCAGUGUUUGGAAACUUCUAUAUAGCUAAGAAUGAGUUUAGGAAUGACUGAUGUUGUACUUCUUGAAGAAUUGUAAAGUUUAUGCUUUGAAUAUAUAUCACUGAACUAUGCAAA